UGCUGUCAGAGAAUGGCGCGCGCAAACCGGAAGUGUGCUCGGAAACAGGUGCUCGAUUUGUCUCCGAGUUGCAGGAAGUUUUUGCAGUGGGGCGGGAGCGCGGAGGAGUCGUCAGGGCUUUCUCUUGACCACCAUGAGCUUGCGCCUCCUGUGCUCCGUGUGCGGCGGCGGCGGUGGUGGUGCGGCUCUACGGGUCCCGCGUGGUCUCAGCUCCCGCCGGGCAUACUCGGGGCCACGUUCUACUGAGGGGUUCCGUCCCGCUAGGGUGGCUGUGGUAACCAAGACAACGCGAUACGAGUUCGAGCAGCAGCGCUACAGAUCCACUGGUCUCUCUGAGCAGGAGCUGAGGGACUUGCUUGAAUUGAAGGGAUCCAGCUACAAUGGUCUUCUGCAACGAUACAAUAUACACUCAGAAAAUGUUGAGCACGUUGUACAGAGCCUACGCAAUGAAGGUGCCGAUGUUCGACUUGUGAAAAGAAGAGACUAUGACGAGGAGACGGUACGAUGGGCUGAUGCCAUUAUAUCAGCAGGAGGUGAUGGCACAAUGCUGCUUGCAGCAAGCAAAGUACAAGACCGCUUUAAACCAGUGAUUGGAGUUAAUACUGACCCAGAGAGGUCUGAAGGACACCUUUGUUUACCAGUGCGGUACACUCGGUCCUUCCCAGAAGCUUUACAGAAACUAUAUCGUGGUGAGUUCAGAUGGCAGUGGCGCCAGAGGAUCAGACUUUACCUGGAAGGAACUGGUUUUAACCUCAUCCCUGUGGAUUUACAUGAGCAGCAGCUGAGCCUGGAUCAGCACAUUAAGGCCCAUAACAGCCAGCUAGAGCAAAAGUCUGUAGCAGUGUCUGGACCCCAUCUUUUGCCAGUGAGAGCCUUAAAUGAAGUCUUUAUUGGAGAAUCCUUAUCAUCAAGGGUGAACUAUAAAUCCUGCAAACCACGUUUUACCUUCUCGCUUCAUAGGGCCUCCUACUACGAGAUCUCUGUUGAUGAUGGUCCUUGGGAGAAACAGAAGAGUUCCGGUCUGAACGUUUGCACAGGCACAGGAUCAAAAGCCUGGCCAAUCUGUUGCAUCUGUAUCCUCUGCAGGUCUUACAAUAUAAAUAAGAUGUCCUCACAGUCUGUGGAAGAGCUGCUUAAUAUUGUCCGAAAACAUAAAUCCUUGAACUUCUCUUUAGACCACGAUCUAAUACAACACGUUACUGAUGCAUACAAUGACUCCCUCGUUUAUAAUCCAGAGGAGCCAAAGAUGUUUUUUAGUGUUCGAGAGCCCAUUGCAAACAGAGUGUUUUCGAGCAGUCGGCAGCGUGGCUUCACGUCCAAGGUAUGUGUGCGGUCCCGGUGCUGGGAUGCUUGCAUGGUGGUCGAUGGAGGUACAUCCUUUGAGUUCAACGAUGGAGCAAUUGUAUCUAUAGUGAUGGAUGAUCAGGAUGCCCUAUGUACUGUGCUGCUGGAUGACUGAAGUGAUGUACUGACAGGGAGUACUUAUAGCUGAUUAUCUGUAGCUAUGGGGUCCUACUAGAGGAGAAGCUUCAGUAAAGCCCUUAACCUAAUGUACCAGUUCCUUUGCUGCAAACUCAGGACACUAAACCAAUGAGAGAAGAGACCGGUGAGUACAGAAGGGCUGUUCCCUUUGCUGGAGAUCACUGGUAUGGAGUGUACAAUGUUACCUUAGUUACAGGAAAACCCUUCUGCUGACGCUAAACCACAAUUCUCUUUUAACUUUGACAAUGGAGUGAUCGCAAACAAAGCCGAGGGGUGUAACCCCCUGGAGCCAAGCUUAGGAGUCAUUCUCUCUUAGCCAAUCACAAGCCAUGCUGAUGCCAAACCUUCACAACUGCUAUAAAAAAAAUAACAUUUGAUGGACUGUUGUGUAUAUUUGUAAAAAAUAAAAAAAAAAUUAUAAAUUC